CUGAAAUCAGCACCGCGAGACUACUAAAAGAAACAGUUGUGAGCAUCUAUUUUUGACGUAGUGAAUGGACCUUUCCUAGAUACGCCUAAUGCAAUUGGGCCAAUUUCUGUGCCCGCUAGUAUGGUCCAAAGGCCAGCGAAGUUCAAUGGCUCGAACUUCAAAAUGUGGCGACAAAAGAUGACGUUCUUUUUGACCAUCCUGGGAUUUGCUGAGUACCUACAGCAAGAUCCUCCCCAACCAAACGAAAGCAAUGACCCCCUCGUGGUGAUGGUGAACCAAACAUGGUACCAUAAUAACUAUCUCACCAUCAACUACAUCCUUGAGGGGUUAGCCGAGACGUUGUACCCCGUCUAUGCUGGUGCAAAGAUUACAAAGGAGCUUUGGAGUAGCUUGAACAAGAAGUAUCAAGCUGAAGAUUACGGCACGAAGAAGUUCAUCGUCGGGAAGAUGCUGGACUACAAGAUGGUUGACAGCAAAUCUGUUGUCGCCAAGGCUCAGGAGCUUAUGAUAUCCGUUGCGAAUUUCUUCAUUGAAGAAAGGUUGGAGAUAACCCUGGUGAAAUCUCCGGAAGCGGUCAAGGACAUAUGUGAAAUCCUUGUUGAGACGGUUGGAGAUAGUCGUUGCAAAAUCUCUAGGUUAAAGACAUCACGCAAAUCUUCGGUACACGGUUGGGGAAAGCCGUUGGAAAAUCCUCAAGCUAGUUGGAUACUUCAAGGCGUGAAGUAUUGUCGAUCUAGUGUAAACCUAUUGUCAAAGUGGCCAGUGGUGAGCUUUGCGUCAUCUGACCGUAGCAUGUCAUCUCACCAACAAGUUACUCACUGUAACUUCUCUAUGGUAAACUACUCUAACUCCAACCUUACCAUCUCUUGUGUCUAUGGGGCUCACACGGUGGUUGAACGAAGGCAUCUUUGGGAGAGCUUGCAGGGGAGGAGUAACUUUAAUGCUAUCUCUUCCCCUACAGAAUACAAAGGUACGUGUGAACCUAGUGCACACGGAAUGGAAGAGUUCAACUCGUGCAUUGAAGCAUGCAAUCUGUUCUGUUCAGACCUUACUGGUGGCCUCUUUACGUGGUCUGGCACAAGGAGCCAUGGGAAAACUUGGCGUAGGUUGGACAGAGUCCUGGUUAACUUAGAAUUCCAAUCGUCCUUUCCUAACUUUUACACUCACCACUUACCCAAAGCUUGUAGUGAUCACAAAGCUAUUCUCUUCUCUUGUCACUCUAGCCAAAAACGCGGGCCAUCUUCCUUCAGAUUCCUUGAUGUCUUGAUACACCACGACCAGUUCCUCCAAGUGGUUAAGGACAGUUGGAAUAAAAGUCACACCUGCGGUGGCAUGCGAGGAAAUGUGGCCAAACUAAUAGAUCUAAAGGGUUGUCUUAGGGAAUGGAACAAGGAGUUUGGAAAUAUCUUUGAUAAUCUAACUUUGGCGGAGGAUCUUUCAACCCAAACCCAACUAUGUUAUGAGGAAGACCCAUCCGAAGCAAACCUUAAGAAAGCCCAGGAGGCCAAUGCCAAGCUUCUACUAGCUACUCACAAAGAGGUGGCAUAUUGGAAGCAAAAAGCUAAUGCUAGAUGGCUUGAAAAUGGGGAUUUCAACUCCAAGGCUUUUAAUGGGGAGAUAAUUGAUCAUGGCAUGCUUUGCAUACCACGGCAAGAGGUCAGGCCCCGUGCGCCUCUUCCAUGGGCCCGUCCAGGAGCCUUCAGGAUCCAACGGGUUUCACAUACCGCGACAAGAGGCGAGAGGAUCAUGGAGCCUGACCCGGAUGAUUGGGAACUAAAAGAUCAAAUGGCAUCAAGAAUGUUCAACGCGGGAUUGACCGAGGGACAAUCAACCACGAGGCCACCGUUGUUCGAUGGAACAAACUACUUGUAUUGGAAGGAGAGGAUGAGAAUCUUUAUCCAAUCCAACGACUAUAAGCUGUGGUUGAUCGUGAAGAACGGCUGCAGAGUCCCUAUGAAGAAAGUCGGUGAAGUCAAUGUCCCCAAAACCGAAGAGGAGUUCACCGACGAAGAUUGCAAAAAGAUGGAGCUCAAUUCAAAGGCAAUAAACAUGAUUUAUUGCGGUGUUAAUGCGGAUGACUACCGCAAAAUCUCACGGUGUGAAACCGCAAAACAAAUGUGGGAGAAAUUGGAGGUCACCUACGAAGGAACCGCGCAGGUUCUUAUGAUGAUGAUGAAGAAAUCAUUAAGGAAAAGGAACCGGAAGAAGAGAAAAUGCAGGAACAAACGGAGCUUCCUAAGGAAUGGAGAACAUUAAAGAACCACCCGAUUGACAAUGUCAUUGGUGACAUAACGCAGGGAGUUUCUACUCGUAAUUCUCUUAGGAACACAAUUAAUCACAUGGCCUUUGUUUCUCAAAUUGAACCAACAACCGUUUUGGAUGCUAUUAAUGAUGAACAUUGGUCUAUGGCAAUGCAAGAGGAGCUUAACCAAUUUAAACACAAU